AUGACUACCGGACCAAACGAUUUCUACUACUCAAACAGAUAUUCGGAUGACGAAUUCGAAUACAGACAUGUUCAUGUCACAAAGGUUUGUGAUUUCUAGAGAUUUUCUGGGUGUUAUAAUAAGUUUCUGUUCAGGAGAUCGCCAAAUUGAUACCGAAAGAUCGAUUGUUGUCCGAAACCGAAUGGAGAAGCCUUGGAAUUCAACAAGUGAGUUUUUCUUGGGAUUUUUCGAAUUGUAUACGAUGUGGUAAUUUGGGAGAAAUAAAAUGGAAAAUUAGGUAUUUUCGAAACGUGGAAAAAGGCUGCGUCGUGGAAUUUUACAUCUCAUUUCGAAAUUAAAAUUGAGAAGAACUUGUAUUUUCAUUAGAACUUUAAUGAAAUUUGAAGAAAAUAGCUCAUUUUCGAAUAAAAUCCCAGAAUAGUCGUUUUUUCUAAACCAAGUGUAUCAAAAAUCAUUGAAAACCCCGUAUUGAAGCUAAAAAUUUUCAAACAACUAAAAUUCCUUCUCCAAACCAACUAAUUUUCUUUUUUCAGUCGCCAGGCUGGAUUCACUACAUGAUUCACGGUCCAGAACGCCACGUGUUGCUCUUCCGCCGUCCACUCGCUCCAACCGCUCCAACCAACACCAAAUCCAAACUCAACAACGGCAAAUCGGCCGUCGGAGUUCGCUAA